CCCCUGGGGAGGGUCAGGGGAGUGGAGCAGCUGUUUCUGAAGGAAAAGCAGCAAAGCUCUGGGAGGCCUGGAACAAGGAUCAGGGGCUUCUGGAGGAGAGGGAGGCAGGCAGAAGGCUGCUGAGGCAGGUCGUCCGAGCCCUUUUCCAGUGGGUGAGGCAAAACUUGGGCACCAUGCUGACCGACCUGGAGAAUGCCAUGGACUCGCUCAUCACCGUCUACCACAAGUACUCUCUGGUGAAGGGGAAUGCCCACGCCCUCUACAAGGACGACUUGAAGAAUCUGUUACAGAUAGAGGGUCCUUGCUAUCUGAAGAUAAAGGAUGCAGACACCUGGUUUAAAGAGUUGGAUAUCAACAGUGAUAAUGCAAUUAACUUCCAGGAGUUCCUCAUAUUGGUGAUAAAGAUGGGCGUGAUAGCCCACCAUGACAUCCACAAAGAGUAGCGGGCAACUGGGCCCUGGGGCUGGGCCCCUGGACAUAUAUCUGCAGAAUAAUAAAGUAAUUGGUAUCUUGAG